AUGGCAACCGGUGGUAGGUCGGAUGACCAACAUCAGGCAAUGAUUAGCAAUGCUCCUGGCAGUUUUAAUGAAUUUAAAACUCAUCCAGAUGUUUGCAGGAGUUCCAGUGACGUUAGCGACGUGAGUUCUUCAGCGUCAUCGACUUUCUCCGUCCGGAAUGCAAGAGUGAAGUUGGAGCUGGCACGCCUAAAGGCCCGUCAAGAAGAAGAACUCUCAGCUUUAGAAGACGACUUGCGUAAGCUUCGGACAAGACACGCUUUACAGGCUGCUGAAACAGAAUCAAAGGUUUGGGAAAUGAGCGAUGACAAAUUUUUGCGGUGGGUAACAGUAGAUAGAAUUAGGCACGACAAUAGCGUGAAAUCCUGUGAUUUCUCACCUAAAUCACAGCUCAUUAAUAACGGUCGUGAAAAUACUCCACGGCGUUUGCUGACUUUGCCUACACACACAGCUGAUAGUAGCUCAGCUAAUCCUGUGCCUCCACGUUUGAACCAUGCUUUACAUCGCAGAACUGUCGAUCUACCCAAACCAGAAAUUGCAAAAUUUUCAGGUGAUCCAAUGGAAUAUUAUUCCUUUAUCCGCAACUUUAAGGCCCAUGUUACAGAUCUUGUAGAUGAUGAUAACGUACGUCUGAGUUAUUUGUUACAGCUGUGCCAGGGCGAAGCGAAAAAUGCCAUUGAUCAUUGCUCAAUGAUGGAACCAAGUCGCGGAUAUCGCGAAGCUAUGAGAGAGCUGAAGAAUGAAUAUGGUAAAGAUCAUGUCAUUUCCCGCACCUGUUUGGACAGGUUGAAGCGUGGUCCGAAGUUAAACUUUGACGACGCAAAAGGUAUGCAAGCGUAUGCGCGACUGAUGCGGAAAUGUGGCUUAGUUCUUGGAGAAAUCAGUCAAUCGAUUACUCAUGAGAAGUUGGAGCCACUGCUAGUUGAUGAAUUCUGGCGUCGAUGGAUAAAAGAGUACCUGCCAACAAUAACACAAAGUUCAAAAUGGACGAAAGGACGUGAUAUCUUCAAAGUCGACGAUAUGGUUCUGCUAGUUGAUGAAUCGAUUCCUCGCGGUCGAUGGACUGAUGGACGUGACACAUUUUCUAAAUGA